AGCGAAGUCGUCACGCGGUGUUCGUGUUCCCAUUGGCUGCCUCGUGGCUAGCGGCGCUCUGAUUGGGUAGCAUUUUUACUCGUUGGGCAAGGACGUCAAGCCCCCAUUGGUCGCGGCACAGUGUAGCGACAGUCGGACGGGUGCCGUGAAGGGCCAAGCGGGAGGAAGAUGGCGGCCACCCUAGUGGUUUCAUCCCGAGGCUGGGGGAGGCUCCAGCAGAUCUUGGCAGCUGUGUUGUGGAGAAGGGGAUAUAGUUCACAGCAGGAACAGGUGUCCCACAAAGUGGAUCUGCCAGUUGAAAUGGAAAACCCCUAUAAGGAGCCGCCUAAAAGAUGUGUCUUGUGUGGAAUAAAUGUAGAUUACAAGAAUGUACAGCUGCUGUCCCAGUUUGUUUCUCCAUAUACUGGUCGCAUUUAUGGCAGACAUGUAACAGGUUUGUGUGGGAAGAAACAGAAAGAGAUUUCAAAAGCCAUUAAAAGAGCUCAUGUAAUUGGAUUUAUGCCAGUUGUGUACAAGGAUCCAACAUUUCUUAAUGACCCAAAAAUUUGUGAUAUCAGGCAUCCGGAGUAAAUUAUGUAAAUUGUGCAUAAAACAAUAAAGUUAUUUAUAAUGUU